AUGCAAGUAAACGACAAUCAUCCCCCUAAUCGAGCAGAUUUCACCGAUGGACCUAAACCGCCAACUGUCUCGCCCCCAGUUGAUCUUCCGGACGUCCAAACCACUGUGCCUGGGUCUGGUGACAAUCCGCUUAACGAAGCCUACUCGCGUCAGUCGGCAAAUAAACGUGCCCGAGCUCAGGAACUGGAACGUCAUCUCCAGGAAACACAAGAUGCCCAUUUCGAAUUGGCUCAACGAGCACAAGAAGCUCGAAAGCAGGUUUUGAAUCGAGUGACGCAAGAAGACGCGCAGUUUUCUGUCGAUCUGGCUGCCGUACAACAAAGACGUGACCUCGAGCGAGCGGCAUUCAUGUCCGGUCUAUUGGAUGCGGAACAACGUGCCUCUCGUCUCGUUCAGGAAUUGCUCGAUGAACAAACCAAAGCACAUGCCACUGAAGUUGCCGACGAUCUGGCCAGUCGACGUCUCUUGGACCGACCGGAUGCAUCGUUCAAACUGAGAAGGGAAGAAAUGUUAGCUGCAAUGGAACAUCUGCUGGAGCAAGAGUACAAGCUCUAUCACGGCCAGGUGCUUCAACGUGAUUCUCUCGUCCAACACACCCUGGUUUUGGACACUUCGGAUUCAGAACAUGUCAAUCAAGUGUUGGCUCGGCGAUUGGCUGAUCGGCAGAAGCUCUCUCAAGAAUUAGCCUCGAAGGAAGAAGCACAGCGAGAUGCGUUUGCCAAAUUGUUAGCCCAACAAGAUAGUCAGGCACAACGUCUGCGACGUGAAAUCGGCCUGAUUGAACAAGAACUGUGUCGUCUGACUAUGGCUGAGCAGGAUCGGAAGGCCAAACGCACGGAAAUCAAUCAGCGCACACUGACCGAGCGUCGAAUGGAGUUGUUGGACUUGUUAUUGCAAUUGAGCAAGGAUCAGCGACGUCGUCAAAACGAAUUGCAACAACGCUUGAUGGAAAUGGAAAAGCGAAAACAGCAGGACCAAAUGGACUAUUGGCUGAUUCAGUAUCAACGAUUACUGGAUAACAAGCCUCCACAACUGGACAUGGAGUGCCUUGUGGGUCAGACUUUUGAGUCGGAGGCUCCGGCUCCGGGAUCCCAAAGAAAAACCCCUUCAUCGGUGUGGGUUACCGCGAAGUAUGCCGUGCCCUAA